ACCGCAGGAUUUCAGGAGAUUCUGACUGAAAUUGAAAUUUUAGCUUUGAUUGUGGGAUGCUUAUGUCAUGACCUUGACCACAGGGGAACCAACAAUGCCUUCCAAGCCAAGAGCGGAUCAGCCUUAGCUCAGCUCUAUGGCACCUCUGCUACCCUGGAGCACCACCACUUCAAUCACGCUGUCAUGAUUCUCCAAAGUGAGGGUCACAACAUCUUUGCUAACUUGUCCUCUAAGGACUACAGUGACCUUAUGCAGCUUCUAAAGCAAUCAAUAUUGGCAACAGACCUCACUCUGUAUUUUGAGAGAAGGACGGAGUUCUUUGAACUUGUCAGCAAAGGUGGUUACGACUGGAAUGUAAAAAACCACCGAGAAAUAUUUCGAUCAAUGCUAAUGACAGCCUGUGACCUUGGAGCUGUGACCAAACCGUGGGAGAUUUCAAGACAGGCAACUGAGCUGGUAACGAGCGAGUUCUUUGAACAAGGAGACAGAGAAAGAUCUGAACUCAAACUCACCCCUUCGGCCAUUUUUGAUCGGAACAGGAAAGAUGAACUACCCAGGUUGCAGCUCGAGUGGAUUGAUAGCAUCUGCAUGCCAUUGUAUAAGUGUCUAGUGAAGCUGAAUGGGAAACUGAAGCCUAUGCUGGACUCAGUGGCAGUAAACAGAGGUAAAUGGGAGGAGCUGCACCAAAAAAGACUUUCUUCUCAGGCAGCAUCCUCGUCCUCCUUUUCCUCUGGCUUUUCCGUGUCACUCAAAGACAUAAAUUAA